GCAGUAACCACUCCAGUACUAUACAAGAUGUCUGACGUUGAAGAACAAUACGAAGAACAACCUCAAGAAGUCGUUCAAGAAGAAUUACAAUUAGUUGAAUUAGCUACUCCUAUUCCAACUGAAGUUCAAGAAGCUCAAAGAGAAGUUAAGUUAUUCAACAAGUGGUCUUUUGAUGAUGUUGAAGUCAACGAUGUUUCCUUAGUUGACUACAUCCAAAUCAGAUCCCCAGUCUUUGUUUCCCACACUGCUGGUAAAUACGCUUCCAAGAGAUUCAGAAAGGCUCAAUGUCCUAUUGUUGAAAGAUUAACCAACUCUUUAAUGAUGAACGGUAGAAACAACGGUAAGAAGUUGAAGGCUGUCAGAAUCGUCAAGCACGCUUUGGAAAUCAUCAACGUUUUAACUGAACAAAACCCAAUCCAAGUUUUAGUUGACGCCAUUGUUAACUCUGGUGCUAGAGAAGAUUCCACCAGAAUUGGUUCUUCCGGUACCGUCAGAAGACAAGCUGUUGAUGUCUCUCCAUUGAGAAGAGUCAACCAAGCUAUUGCUUUAUUGACCAUCGGUGCCAGAGAAGCUUCUUUCAGAAACAUCAAGACCAUUGCUGAAUGUUUAGCUGAAGAAUUGAUCAACGCUGCCAAGGGUUCUUCUACUUCUUACGCCAUCAAGAAGAAGGAUGAAUUGGAAAGAGUUGCCAAGUCUAACCGUUAAGGGAAUAUAUUUGUUGCGUAUAUUUUAUUUCAUUUAUAUUUCAUUAAUCACACAUACAUAAAUAUAUAUUAGGAUGGGGUUCCAUGUGUACUUUAAUAACGUUGUGUUUUAGAAACCGGUCUAAUGUAUAGUCUAAAAAAAAGUAAUACAUAUUUACAAAGUUAAUGAUAUCUGUAGUAUUAAGUCUAAUAAAUGAGAAAGAAAUAAAUAAUUCUAUGCAAAGUUGGUUUAUAUUCUUAUAGGGUACACCACUCUCAAGAAAAAGCCCGUGGCUGUUCCUUGUAACAAGCGGUUGUACCUAUCCAUUCUGUCAACCAAGACCUCUUCUUCUUCGUUGUCAUCGUCGUCUCCUCUAUCUUCCCCUUCUAACAGUUCCGAAGUUUGUUCGGAUUUCAAGUACCCAGCAACUCCCUUGAUCUCGUUCAAUCUCAGUUCCGAAGCUUCUAAUCUUCUCGACAAAAGUCUCUGGACAAGAAACUCUCUUAUGAACAAAAGUAAUAUGAAGCAAGCUAUGAAACAUGUCCCAGCAAAGAUUUGUGUGUGUAAGUAUGGUCUAUAUCCACCUGUAACCAAGGCCAAUGCAAUAACUUCAGCAACAAGACAGAAAGGUGCAACCACAAAAUUGACCCCGGACCAACCAGCAGGAAGUUUCUCAAGGUUAUCUUCUAGGACAUCUGCAAGUAAAGGUUGUGCCAUUGAAGAACCUACCCCGAUAACGAGACCAAUCAAAACACUGAAUGCGAUUAAUGCUCCGUAACUGGUAGCAUUGAUCCAAAAAGCAUACAACAAAAUUGCAUUGACCAAACACAAUAUUCCUGUAAAGUUUGACCGGCCAACUUUAUCAGCAAUAAGCCCCAUACAAGGACGACCAACCGUUUGUGCUGCAUUCAUUACUGAUGUUAAUACGGAACCUUGUUGGUGAGUUAAUCCAAUCAGGGUAGCGAAUGACGACAAGGAAAAUAACAUCAAUGUAUAUCCAGUAAGGGCAAUAGCAAACCAAAAGGCAAGAAGGCAAAUUCCUUUAUUUUUGAAAACGGAAACGUCAAACACAAGCUUGAAAUUUCUCUUGAUAAACUCUGGACUUAAUCCUUCCUUUAAAGGUGUCCGUUUCUGGUUUCUUGGCUUCAAGAUAAUCACCACAAUUAAAGAUGCAAAUAAUGUUACAAACCCAACCAUUCUUAAUGCCCAUCUUUGAUCCCCAGUUUGUUCAAUGACUUGGUUGAUACUCAAGCAGAAAACCAAACCACCUAGCCCUGCACCAGAGACGACAAUACCCAUGGAGGUAGCCUUGCGCUCAAGGAACCAUGUGGGCAAGACCAACGUCAUGGGAAUGAAAAUCAACACAAAUGAAACACCAACUACCACCCCCUGAGUUAAAUAUAAUUGCCAAAAUUUUGUUGCAAACGAUGCUAAUAUGUAUGCUGCGGUUUGGAGAAAGACUCCAAUGAGACAAACCAAUUUGAAGCCAAGCAUCUUAUAUAGCAAUGCUCCAAAUGGAGAUAACAUGUUUGCCAAACACAUAACUGUACCACCAACCAAGGCAUAAUCAUAUUCAGAUGUUCCUGGGAAGGUGUUAUCCGAUAAAUAAAAGUUUAAAAACACCCCAAACCCAGCACUGGCACCCCAAGUGGAGAAGGAAGCCAACAUCCCACAAAAUGCCAUUAACCAUGCAAUACCCUUAUCUAAAGGAGGACCAUCGUCUAUUUCUUCGUCUUCCAGUAUACUUUCUAUCACUUCAGUGCCUUGUUCUUUAUUAUUCUUGCCUGACUCUAAGUCAACAGUUGAUCUAGGUCUAGUGUGAGUACGGACCAAAUCCAACUGACUGGCCAAAAUGUAUUCAGGAUCCCCUCUUUCUCGAUAUUGUUCUCGUUCAGCUUCGUCUAGUUGAAGGUCGUCUCGAAUACCCGUUAUAAUUCGGGUAAGUUCACUUUGGUUUGAGCGCAUUCGACUUAGUGAGGCACGGCUUGACCUUGAAGUGGUCAAAUGGAGUGGGGUAAUUCUAUGAAGGUCUUCCGACAUCAUAGAUUCACUUCUUUUUCCUAACGAACGAACUUCUUCAUCAGACAGUGACAUAGCUAACUAAUGUCUUUGCUUGU